AUGCUGCACAGUCCGUUAAAUCAGGUACGACAAGGAAGAACGAGUAACUUGCCGGUUGAGCCUAUGAAGGGAGGGGGGGGUUACGUGAGAAGAAGUAUGAUGAAAAAGGAGAUAUAUAGCAAUAUAAUGAAGGAAUUAUAUGAUUCCAUGAUUUAUAAUGAUAUCACUGACGACGAAAACAUAGUCACGAAACCACGGCCGAGAAUUUUAAGCGAGACAAAUUCCCCCAAUGCUAAGACUCCGGACGGGGGAAACUCGAAGGGGGGAAGGGCAGGGAUCUGGAGAAAAGUGAAGGAUCUUACAAUCAGGCGAAGAAGUGUGAUAAGUCUUCCCCCCGAGUCUUCCGGAAGUAAUGAACAGCUGCGUAAUCGUAGAACAAAGGAGAGACCACAAAUAUUAUAUGCCCUCUUUGAAGAGAACAGGAGAAGGGAAGCUGAAGAGCAACAGGCUUCCUGGUACAGCUCUACGUGUUCUGACAACACAGUCCCCAAUGACGAGAUAAUUAAGCAAAUAACAUCCCUCCCGGCUCUACCUGAGAAAUGGCAGUUAUGCUUAAUUUAUUGGAGGUUCUACUUGAAUCAGGCGGAAAUAUAUAUUGGAACGACAAAGUAUCUGAUAAGAGAGUUCUAUGAAGUCGAAAGAAGAAGACGUGAGACGAAUCACGGGAUGUAUGAUGGGACGUGGGAGGAAUAUGUUGACGUAAUGGAGAGGAACUUUAUAAACCAGACAAAGCAUGUCACUGAUAUCUUCUCUAAAUUAUUGGACAGCGCGCAUUUGAGUAGUGAUCGAAUGAGGGAUAAGUUACAGGAGCUUAGAAGAAGCUGGAUGGACAUCACUCUGAGAACAAAAGACGACUGUAUAUGUGUAAAUGAAGCGUCGUGUAACAGGGGCCAAAGACUGACCCAGAGGAGGCGCCGAUAG